AUGGUGUGUGACAAGCCACCGGUCGUUGGCCGAGUAGCCUCGGAGGACAAGGAGCAUUUCAAUGCCUGGAUGGUGGGAGAAUUGACAGCUACUGAGAGUUUCAACAUCGAACCUACUUCUGCCCGACCAAGGAGAGCCUGCAAUGAGUCCCGCUUGGAGUGGGAAGUGGAGAUUUGUGGUGAAGAGUUCAAGCGUGACAUGGCUCACAUAGACCCUCAGUACUGGUGUAACCUCACUCACUUUAUCAGUGAGUACCAUAUCUUCACGCUCUGCACAGAGAGCAAAUCUCUCACCGUCCACUGCUACUGGCCGAAUCCCCUGGUGGAGAGCUACAUCAUCCGCAUACACAAGCACUUUUUCUCCAACUGCACUUUGGAGCAAGUGGUAUGGGUCGAUCCCCCGGACAACACUCUCACCAUCCUCAUCCUAAUCCCUGUUUCCCUCACCUUGGCCAUGAUCGCCUUGGUGGUGUGGUGCAGCAAGCGAAGCGACAACCUGGCUUAG